CUGACGUCAUACGUAUUCUAACGGAGGCCAUUUUGUAAAGCGAGUGAUUAUCUACUGCGUUUGAGACAAUAUCUGUGUGUUUAAGUUGAUAUCAAUGUUGUUAGCACCCACGCGAAUAAGAAACAGGUAAUAUUUGUUUCCUGAAACGGCUGUUGUUACGAUUAAGCAUCAAAAUGAGUUACGGGAGGCCGCCACCAAGAAUAGAUGGCAUGAUUUCGUUGAAAGUGGGCAAUUUAACCUAUAGAACGACACCUGAAGAUUUAAGGCGAGUUUUUGAAAAAUUUGGAACGCUCGGGGAUAUUUAUAUCCCAAAAGACAGAUUUUCUAGAGAAAGUCGAGGUUUUGCAUUUGUGAGAUUCUAUGACAAGAGAGAUGCAGAGGAUGCACUUGAUGCCAUGGAUGGACGUCUCUUGGAUGGUAGGGAGCUCAGAGUGCAGAUGGCACGUUAUGGAAGACCAUCAUCGCCAUAUCGUCGGCAUAGUCGCCGUAGCAGGAGGUCGAGAUCACGCUCCAGGCGCCGAUCCCGCUCAAGGAGCCGUUCGCGCUCACGAUCACGUUACUCUCGCUCAAGAUCCCGUCGUCGUUCAUACACAAGAUCUCGAUCACGCUCCAGAUCACGUUCUGAUAGCAAGAGUUCACGUGGCAAAUCACGCUCACGUAGCAAAUCUGCUCGCGACAGCAGGAGCAAAUCUCGAUCAAGAUCAAAGUGAAUAAUAGGUUACUUGCUGCAGUUGGAUUGUUUCUGCACAUUUUAGUGGAUUAGUGGUGGAAGCAGUCUUCUGCAAGGAAAGGUAUUGAUGAUUUGUCAUGAUGAAAGCGUUAAGUGUUUGUAACUGAAACUUUGAGUUUUCAUCUUCAAAAGAACUACAUAGAUAUAAAAAAGUUGACUGGACAUGACUUUCUUUUUCUGGCUGAAGUUGUGGUGGUUAUUUGCUUGUCAUGGACAGAAAUGCUACAUAUGCAUUGAUUGUUGAGGCCCCCUUCAAUAUUUUAUAUGCCAGAGCUGAAACUUUUGUUUUUAUCAAUUGGGAAACAGUUAAAUCACGAAGUUUUUCUGGUUAAAUCACAAGAAAAGUUUUUCUUAUAGGUUUCAUACAUAUUGUUAAAAUUUUUUAUUGUUCUGAGUAGGAAUGAAAUCUGAAUUGCCUGUAGUAAUGUAUCUCCUGUAGCAUUUUUAAAAAUGUUUUGAAUUUCUUAUUUGUAACAAUCUCACAGGAAUUGUGAAUUUAUUUGUGUAACUGGUAAAUGUUUGUGCAUUAAACAUUAAGCUACUUUGAUCAGUUAACAAAUUUUCCACUAUUGUCCCACCCUUUGUGUAAAUUAUAGGAAGUGAGUGUUAUUGUGUAAAAGUGCUUCAUUUCGUAAAUUUUCAGAUGGUAGGUGCUUAAGGAAAAUUCAUAUUUCCAAGGAAACAUUAAGGAAUAUCUUAUUUUUCAGAUUACUUAUAGUGCUUUUAGGAAUUGCAAAACAUUUGUGUUCAGUGUAACAAAACAUGCUAUUUAAAUGUAGGUCUGAAUGACAGUAUAUAUAUACAUACAGUAGUUUUCUCAAGUUUUUCAUUUUUCAUUAUACAGCGUACUAUUCUGUAAUUUUUGUAACGUCCUGUAAUAACAGCAUAAGAGUUUUCAAUAUCACAUAAUCUGGAAUGUCAGUGUUAGUCUGAUUGUCACCUCUGUAUAUCACAUAACUUGAAUUUUUGUUUAAGGCAAGAGCAUGGAUUUGGAGGUUAAUACCUUACUGCAUUAAUACACUCAUUGUAUAAGAAGUGUAGUUCCAUAUGCUUCAUAAUGACUCCUUGUCUCCCUUUCUACUUAACCUCACAGUAUUUCAUCUUGUGUACUCCUUCCAGUAUUUAUAAACAUUAAUUUGAGUUUGAUCAUGAGGGAGUUUAUUAGUUACGAGACUAAAUUUUGGACAUAUCACUGAUGAAAUACUGUUUGGUGACUAAAAGUUGCCACAGAGCUCAGAUAUGAGAUCUAACGAUGUUUUUCCGCUACCGCAGGGCGGGUGGCUGAGAGUGCUGCCAAGCCAGUGAGAGUGGCAGAGGCUGUGUUGGGGUCGUUCGGUGGCUGAGUAAGCGGUGUUGCGGGUUAGCUGUUGCGGGUAGCUGAUGGCAGUGUUGCAGUUAAACCUUCCAUCCAAUUUUUCCUCUCCGGACUUGAACCAUUCCUACACUGAUGCUGAUUUAUUACUCCACCAAAUUACACUGGCUACAAGCUGAAAUAUUUGGUGGAAUGUUGUUGCCAGACUUUCACUUUGCUGGAUCUCAAAUUUUUUAAGAAGCAUCACUCCUAACUGUCCCAUUUACCUGACUCCUGGAGCGUGCUGUACUGGGAUUGGCAGCUGCAGCCGCCGCACGUGUUGUCUGCAGAAGCUGAGCCAUGUGGUACACUUGCUGCUGAUGCAAUUUUGGCGAGCAUCGAAAGUAUGGUAUAUACUAUUUUUGUUCAGAAAAUAUUUCUUACUUAAGGAGAUGAGCGUAAAUUUAUGUUAGUCUGUUGAGGAGGGUGGGUGUGAAAUGAAUUUUUCUGCUUAUCGGGAAUAAAGUUAACAUUUAAGAAAAUAAGUUUGAAAAGGUAGGUUUCCAAACUGCUGGUUUUUAUACAGUAUUUUAAUUUGUCUGCAGAGAUCAGUUACAUUACGAAGCUGUUUACUAUAUUAUUAAGUAAGAAACAUGUAUGUCUGGAUAGAGAAUUUGUUAUGCGUAGGUAGUUAAACUUACAGGUUAUGUAGUUAAUGAUUUGAGUUAAUAUGUUCGUAAAGGUGUUUAUCUAAUGGCAGGAGAUUAGGACUUCCUGUGGUUUCUCAUAGUUCAAUUGUUCUGUGUAGGAUUUCAUAGAAAUGUGCAAAUUUUUGUAGGUGGGCAAUGAAGGACCAAACCUUUUACUGGUGUUGUGAAAUAUUGAAAAUGUGACCAGUUUCACUUGUUGUACCAUUUUAUUCUGUUAAAGUGCAAGACAUGAAACUGUGUUUUGUUCAUUCUGGUUUCAUUUAGAGGUGAGGUUCUGCUGUACAGCUCUUUCAUGUGAAGUUCUGGAUGCUGCAGUUACUAAAAUAAUUUUCAAAGCGAAAAUUCUCUGUAUUGCCACUUAAAAACUAUUGAACAUGUCGAAUGUGUAAUAGUAGGGGUGAUAGUGCCUUCCUCCAUUUCUAACUGUUCAUUUCAUUCUCUUCUUUUGAAGUAUUGUCCAGUGGAUUUUGCUUCAUUUGUACUUUCUACUCAGAGUUCUAGUUCAAAAUCACUGCUAACAAGUGAUACAUUUAAUUCAGCUGCAUAACUCCAGUUACUGAUUUCAUACGUAUUACACUUAUUUUUUAAUAAUGAUCCAGUACGUGCAAGUAGUGGUUCAUUGGUGUAUACCAGAAGUACUAUAUUCCAGGUGUACCACUUCCUUUCACACAAAUCAAUAGCUAACUCCGUGGUGUUGAAUGUGUAAAAUAUUUUUCUGUUUUGAAAUUAGGUGUUCACUUGAUAUUUGGGAUGCCAUUAUUACCCUGAUAGAUUCUAUAUAAUUAGUAUGUGUAUUAGUUCGUAUGGUGGUCUAAUGUGACAUGGGGAUGUUAAUAACAAUUUCUGCAAUUUUUAUCAGAGGGAUAUUAUAGCAUCGAUAAGUAAUUGAUCUGUGAAUUUUUGGGCAUGUGAGCCACGAACGCAUUUAUUACUUCAGUGGUGAAAUAUUUUAUGGAACUCUUCAGGCUUUCAUCCUGUUGGUUGUGAAAUGGAAGAAAGUUGUAGUAGAAACAAUUUUACGUGUAGCGUGUGUUACAUGUUGCACAUUAGGGUCCAUCACUUGUACUGCUACAUUCUUUUCCCUAGUACAUGUUAUUUAUUUAGUUAAUGGAAGGUAAGUUUCUUUUGUCAAUCUACAAUUGCUAGUCCUUUAUACCACCACUUAAUACUGGCAGGUUGUUCAUAACGGCUGUUCACCGUUGAAUCUGCGUGAUGACACUUUUUGAAGAUGAAGUGUAAUGCAAGUUCCUUGGUGCCACUGCCAGUAUGGGAUCAGUUUAUAUCAAGUGAAGUCUCUGGUUUCUGAGAAAUACAAGAUAUGGAAAUUUUGAUUUACUUAGACGGCAUAAGUAGGUAGCAAAUACCAAUAAAUGGUGUCUCAUUGUUGAACGAGUUCAAAAUGUUACAGAUUGUCCUGCCGUAUUGUGACAGAUACUAUCCGUAGGAGUGUAAAAUUGCUCUGGUAGCUCCACAGAAUCUUUAAAUAAGGUAUUGUGUUAAUUAAAAGUAGGUAAGAUAUUCUACACUGCUUACUUGCUUUCAAAAGGUUUGUUAAGCAACAUGAACAGAUACUAACAUUGUUAUUAUCCAUGUGUCCUGAAUAUAUAAUGGGAAGUUUUCAGGUAAGUUUAAUCUCUCUCUCUCUCUCUCUCUCUCUCUCUCUCUCUCUCUCUCUCUCUCUGCCUGUGUGGUAUUCUGGUGGCAGGUAAGUAAAGUUCCGUUAUUAGUGUAAUACUUUAGGGUUAAAACGUUUAGUACUAGUAACAGGAUUUUUGGCAAACUCUGUAACUUGGUUUAACCCUCUCUGGGGUGAAUUUAUUGGAACAAUGAAAAAUUUUUGUCUUACAUUAUAAUGACUUCAAAUUACAUCAAAGAAUUGUAAAUAUAUUUUUGAAAAAUGCUGUAGUGUAUGAUAAUUAGAAUCAUUGGAAUACCAGUGUGGCAGGUUUAAACAAAAAUAAAAAUUUUGUCUUUUGACCAUUUUAUUUAAAUCAAGAGCAUAUUUUACUGAAUACACAUUAAAUUGCGGAAAUUUUAAUUUUUUGUAGUUAACACAUGGUAAUAGGCAUUUUAUAUUAACGUAAAAAUCCUGAACAGUUUUACCACAAAUUCAACACAUUAAUCUGCCAAAAUAGUAACCAAUAAUAAAGAUUUUAUCCACGUGAUCAUUUUGUAAUAAUGUGGAUAAAUAAACUUUAACGAUAGAAAAACAUUCUUUCAUACACUUCAUUCUAGAACAGCUUUCUACACACAAUUAGUAUCUCGCAAUGUCAGAGGUGUGUUCUAGGCAAUGGCCUGUACCAUUGUAGUGUAAAUCAGCAACUGAACAAGAGUUUUCCCCCCUCUUCAAAGUACAUCCUGCAAUGGACAAAAUCAAGUAGUGGUCUGUAUUUUUGCAAUAUGUUUUUCUGGAAGUCUUCCUAUACAGUAGCCAGGUGUUGAUACCCAAGGCAUGUUGGCUGAAUGAAAUAUUGUUCUGAGAUACAACUGACGCUUUUAAAUGCAAACAUUUGAUAUUUGUUCCAUAGGUGGACUACCAUGUCAUGCACAUCUCGUAAGUGUUGCACCCCUUUGCUAUGCAGGCUAAGGGACUCCAUUUAUUGCCUAGCAGCAGAUGACCCUCGUCUGAACUUCAAUUUGAUAUUUGUUCCAUAGGUGGACUACCAUGUCAUGCACAUCUCGUAAGUGUUGCACCCCUUUGCUAUGCAGGCUAAGGGACUCCAUUUAUUGCCUAGCAGCAGAUGACCCUCGUCUGAACUUCAAUAAGCUUUUGACUUUUAUAUGAAGAAAUUAGAUGCACUCCUGUAUUGUCAAACAAAUUUAACACCAUGAUAGGUCCUUCAUCACUUUAAAUGGACCAUAUGUCUGCAAAGAGCACUGUGCCAGUCAGGUGUUUCUCAGGGUUCCCAUCAUAUAUAUCCUCAACUUUUUAGGUCUGGAACCAGAUUGUAGAAGCAAACCAAAUUUCAACAAAUAUCUUAUUCUGAUGUCAGGCAAAUCUGCAAGCCUCAAGAUGACAUUGCCACUCAUAUUUAAAGGGCCAUUGUUUUCAUCCCUUUAUGUUGUUGUUGUUGUGGUCUUCAGUCCUGAGACUGGUUUGAUGCAGCUCUCCAUGCUACUCUAUCCUGUGCAAGCUUUUUCAUCUCCCAGUACCUACUGCAACCUACAUCCUUCUGAAUCUGCUUAGUGUAUUCAUCUCUUGGUCUCCCUCUACGAUUUUUACCCUCCACGCUGCCCUCCAAUACUAAAUUGGUGAUCCCUUGAUGCCUCAGAACAUGUCCUACCAACCGAUCCCUUCUUCUGGUCAAGUUGUGCCACAAACUUCUCUUCUCCCCAAUCCUAUUCAAUACUUCCUCAUUAGUUAUGUGAUCUACCCAUCUAAUCUUCAGCAUUCUUCCCCAUUCUCAUUCUACAGUGGCAGCACAUACAGCUGGUAAAUGAUACUUAACAAAUACUAAAAGCAACAAACAGUGCCCCAUAUGACUUCCUACUGUACGCUCCUUUCAAUUGUCUUGCCCGAAACUGUUACUUCAUUGCCGCAGCAGUCCUUCAAAGGAGGUAUAAAGACUUUCUACUAAACAUUCUAGCAAAUUUCUUUAGUAAAAUGGCUCUAUUCUGAAAAUAUUUCUGGCUCUUUCAUGAUGACCAAGUCUUUUACAACCACAAUAUUUUAUCUGAAAUUGAAAUUUAAAAUCUCACUUGCAUCACAACUUCACUAAAAUGUAAAAGUUUCCUGGCAAAUUGCCACUGAAAAUGUUAAAUCAUUAUGCUCAUCUUAUGGAGGAUUUCUGUAAACUUCAGUAAGAAUAAAACUCAGUCCUUCAUGUUGUUGUUGUUGUUGUUGUUGUGGUCUUCAGUCCUGAGACUGGUUUGAUGCAGCUCUCCAUGCUACUCUAUCCUGUGCAAGCUUUUUCAUCUCCCAGUACCUACUGCAACCUACAUCCUUCUGAAUCUGCUUAGUGUAUUCAUCUCUUGGUCUCCCUCUACGAUUUUUACCCUCCACGCUGCCCUCCAAUACUAAAUUGGUGAUCCCUUGAUGCCUCAGAACAUGUCCUACCAACCGAUCCCUUCUUCUGGUCAAGUUGUACCACAAACUUCUCUUCUCCCCAAUCCUAUUCAAUACUUCCUCAUUAGUUAUGUGAUCUACCCAUCUAAUCUUCAGCAUUCUUCUGUAGCACCACAUUUCGAAAGCUUCUAUUCUCUUCUUGUCCAAACUAUUUAUCGUCCAUGUUUCACUUCCAUACAUGGCUACACUCCAUACGAAUACUUUCAGAAAUGACUUCCUGACACUUAAAUCAAUACUGGAUGUUAACAAAUUUCUCUUCUUCAGAAACGCUUUCCUUGCCAUUGCCAGCCUACAUUUUAUAUCCUCUCUACUUCGACCAUCAUCAGUUAUUUUGCUCCCCAAAUAGCAAAACUCCUUUACUACUUUAAGUGUCUCAUUUCCUAAUCUAAUUCCCUCAGCAUCACCCGACUUAAUUAGACUACAUUCCAUUAUCCUUGUUUUGCUUUUGUUGAUGUUCAUCUUAUAUCCUCCUUUCAAGACACUGUCCAUUCCAUUCAACUGCUCUUCCACAUAAAUUUUGAUAUCAUUCUUAACAGCAGAUGCUCGGUGUUGUGUAAAUACCUUCACUCUAAAUUGAUAGGGUGUACUCUAGAUACUGCAAAAACAAAAAAUUCUUUGAGGAUCAAAAAUAUUUGAUUUUGAACAGUGGUUGUAGUCUAUAGGAACCAUGUUAUUGUUUGACUAUGAAUAAAUCCCUGUGUAAAAUCACUUGUGUAAAUAAACAUUUUGUAGCCUCGCAGUGGCAUUGGAGCAGCUAUCUUCAAUGUCAGAUAUGUCACCUAAAAUUGUAACAAUUUGUCAGUGGCCAUGACUUCUAUAAAUAAAUAAAAUCAAACUAAUUCUUA